GUAGCGAUAUUUUUCAAUUUUUAUAAUUAGUAUUUGUGGCGUGCGCUUUCGUAAAUGUUGCGCUGAUUUCGGAUUGUUUUUUGCUAUUUCUUCUUGAAAACGCCAAGACGCGCUGCUUGGGAAAAUUGAAAAAUACAAAAUAAUAGUCGAGGAAACGCGCAAAAAUUCGAAUGGCUGAAAGUGCAUGUAAAUUGUAAAACAGGACAAAAAUUUGCAAUAAACCAAAAUAAAUAAAUAGAUCGAAAUUCGAGAGUGGAAAUUAAAUUUGGAAUCGGAAUCGCUCUUGAAAUUGUCGCUGCUUCUGUUGUGUGUCUAUUUCUGUCGAAUAGCUGCCAAAUAUCGUACAAUUUCAAUUAUUCUAACAACACAUGAAAAUACGCUCUUUAUAUUGUAAAUACGUAUAUUCUAUUAUACUAUACUUAACUUAUAUAUAUGCAUACAGUACAAUGCAAAUGCUCGCCCCGUCGAGUAAAUGCCAAAGACAAGUCUAGUCAUAGCACGAAAACGGACAACAGAAAUCGAAAACUUUUAGUACAAUUCAUUCAGAGGAAGAGUCUUAACUUGCCAACCCGAUUUCCAGUCAGUUCUUUUCCCCCUCACUCACAUGUGGAUAUUCACGCAUAUUAUUAAUAUUAUCGGAUUUUCGUCAGAGCGAAUAAGAAGAAGAGUAGAAGAAGCCCACGCGCGAAAAGAAAAUGGCUACGUUUUUAAGUCGUUUUCAUCGGGAAAAAAGCGAAAAGACUUUGCCAAAUGCUGUGAAUGCCGCAGACAGCAGUAGCAAGAAAACAGCUGAUAUGGAGGCGGCGACGCCGACUGAGGCAGCGGCAGCGGCAGCGCAGCCGCGUCAACAGCGACGCUACAUGCGCAGCGCAACGGCAGCGAGCGUAACGCAACUGCUCUCUGAAAGCUGCAACAGUUUGCUGCAGCGCUUUCGACGCAAUCCGAGCGAACGACCUGAUAACAAACAGCAGCAGCAGCAACACCAACAACAGCAGCAGCAGCAGCAGCACCGCAAUCGUGCAGCGGCCAUACCCGAGGAUAACACCAACAGCAGCAGCAAUAACAACAGCAACAACAGUAAGGAAAGCAACGAAAACAGACGCAGUAGCUCUAAGACCCCAACGAAUGAAAGCUUCAAUAACAAUAACAACAACAGUAAUAAUAGGAACAACAAAAACAACAACAACAAAGACAAAGACAAAGGCAAUCUCACAAAACAGAAACGUCGCCGCAGCUCGGAAAAAUCUACGAGCGGUCGUAGACGCCCGGAAGGGGAACGUGAACGCGAACGGGAACGGGAACGGGAACGGGAUAAAGAACGAGAUAGGGAUAGGGAACGGGAACAGAACGCCAUGAGCGAUCGUCAUAGACGUUACUAUGCCGGCGGUGGCCUCGGCUAUCAUCCGAUUAGCUCCACCAGCGGCAGCAGCAGCAACGCUCUCAUGGGUCGCUAUCAGAAGAGCUCAACGACGGCCAAUGCGCUCGACCGGCUGCGCACCCAUCUGAGUCCCGUGGGCAGUAGCUAUAACUAUAAGCCCGCUAUACGAGGAUUGGGCACCGGCUUAAGGCGUGACCUGGACGAUGUUAGUAUGAUAAGAGCGUGCCGCCGUGUGAAUGCCAAUGGAGAGCGUAGCGCGUGUUAUUUGAUCAGAACCAAAAUCAUCCCGUGACUCACGGUCAGAGCAUUUGCUUGCUUUCUGUCUAGUUUUUUACGCUUUGGAAAACACUUGGAACUUAGUUGGCCCAUUUUCACCUGUCAUCGUGAGUCACAGCAAAGUCAAGUCGCUGUCCCAAUUCUGUCAGAGCUUGAACAAGGCGGGUUGGAGGUGGAAGGAGAUUG